GUCGAAGCCGGGCCCUGCAGCUGGAGAGGUUCUGGCUAGACUGCGCGUUUGGCUUGCGAGGUGUGUAAUUGUCGCGGAGAGGGACUUACUGCAAGCUGUCAAAUCUGAGUUGUUAUUUUGUUGAGUCGAAAGUGAAAUUGUCCUUCGGCCGACGUGACAGCAUUUGACAUUGUGCAGCAAAGAAAUGGUUAUGGAGAAGCCCAGUCCGCUGCUUGUAGGGCGGGAGUUUGUGAGACAGUAUUAUACUUUGCUGAAUAAAGCUCCAGAAUAUUUACACAGGUUUUAUGGCAGGAAUUCUUCCUAUGUUCAUGGUGGAGUAGAUGCUAGUGGAAAGCCCCAGGAAGCUGUCUAUGGCCAAAAUGAUAUACACCACAAAGUAUUAUCUCUGAACUUCAGUGAAUGUCAUACUAAAAUUCGCCAUGUGGAUGCUCACGCAACAUUGAGUGAUGGAGUGGUUGUCCAGGUCAUGGGCUUGCUGUCUAACAGUGGACAGCCAGAGAGGAAGUUCAUGCAAACAUUUGUUCUGGCCCCCGAAGGAUCUGUUCCAAAUAAGUUUUAUGUUCACAAUGAUAUGUUUCGUUAUGAAGAUGAAGUGUUCGGUGAUUCUGAACCAGAACUUGAUGAAGAAUCUGAAGAUGAAGUAGAAGAGGAACAAGAAGAAAGGCAACCAUCUCCUGAACCCGUGCAAGAAAAUGCUAACAGUGGUUACUAUGAAGCUCACCCUGUGACAAAUGGCAUAGAGGAGCCCUUAGAAGAGUCCUCUCAUGAGCCUGAACCUGAGCCAGAAUCUGAAACAAAGACAGAAGAAUUGAAACCACAAGUGGAGGAGAAGAACUUAGAAGAGUUAGAGGAGAAGUCUACUACUCCUCCUCCUGCGGAACCUGUUUCUCUGCCACAAGAACCACCAAAGGCUUUCUCCUGGGCUUCAGUGACCAGUAAAAACCUGCCUCCUAGUGGUACUGUUUCUUCCUCUGGAAUUCCACCCCAUGUUAAAGCACCAGUCUCACAGCCAAGAGUUGAAUCUAAACCAGAAGUUCAGUCUCAGCCACCUCGUGUGCGUGAACAACGACCUAGAGAACGACCUGGUUUCCCUCCCAGAGGACCAAGACCAGGCAGAGGAGAUAUGGAACAGAAUGAUUCUGACAACCGUAGAAUAAUUCGCUAUCCAGACAGUCAUCAACUUUUUGUUGGUAACUUGCCACAUGAUAUUGAUGAAAAUGAACUGAAAGAAUUCUUCAUGAGUUUUGGAAACGUUGUGGAACUUCGCAUCAAUACCAAGGGUGUUGGGGGAAAACUUCCAAAUUUUGGUUUUGUGGUUUUUGAUGACUCUGAACCAGUUCAGAGAAUCUUAAUUGCAAAACCAAUUAUGUUCCGUGGGGAAGUACGUUUAAAUGUGGAAGAGAAAAAAACAAGAGCUGCAAGAGAGCGAGAAACCAGAGGUGGUGGUGAUGACCGCAGGGAUAUUAGGCGCAACGAUCGCGGUCCUGGUGGCCCACGGGGAAUAGUGGGUGGUGGAAUGAUGCGUGACCGGGAUGGAAGAGGACCCCCCCCAAGAGGUGGCAUGGCACAGAAACUUGGCUCUGGAAGAGGAACCGGGCAAAUGGAAGGCCGCUUCACAGGACAGCGUCGCUGAAGCCCCACUGUUGGCCAAGUCUUGGCAGUGGUACAUUAUUCAUCGUGUUUGCAUUCUUGUUAAUUUUUUUUGGCUUUGGAAUGUGACACAGCCUUUUUUGAUCAUUUCUUUGAUGUGAAAACAUCUUUUGGUUAUCAGUUAAAUGAGGUGGACAUUAUCUCCCCAAUUUUACAACAAGAUUCAUACUAUUAAUUUAUAAAUCUAGACUUGGAGAAUUAAGGACUGAGAAAUGACCAUAUCUUAAACUACAACAAAAUGAACUUUAAAGGACACGCCCACUGAAUUCAGGUCCUUUGAGUCAAAAAAAAUCCUCUGCUGCACAUUUUGUUUAAGUGUUACUGUUUCUGCCUAUUAAUGUUGGAAACACAAAUAGUGCAAUUUGUGCAAUUGGAGAAUCUUGCCUUUUUUUCUUGGCUCCCCCCAAAAUACAAACCAACAGAAACUUGUUAUGCACUCAUCAAAAUGCACUAAUGGGUCCUCUUGAACUCAUUCACAUUGACACCUGCAACAGGAGGCAACAGGGAAAAAAAAUCUUUCAUCUUCUUUUCCAGUAGAGAAUAGUUUGUGAAAUGAUGAGGGCAUUUUAUCUGCUUGCUGUGACCAGCGUGUGUACACAUAAACCUUAACAAGACUACAAACAAGUAUAUUCCAGAAGGAAAUAAUUUAGUUACGAACUAAAUAACAAAAGUCAGAACUUCAAAUGCUAUGGUCUUAAAUAAUAGACCACAUUUAGUAGCUCCAUAUCUAAGAUGUUUCUACCUGCCCCUCUUCAGUACAGGGAUGGCUGGCUGCUCAACACACUCCUCCUCCCCCUUUUCCUUUCUUUAAGCUGUGUACAGUGGAAAUUGUCUUUACUGUAUUUUUGUUCUCUGGUAAUGUAAUAAGCAUGAUGGUGCCUUCUAUUAAUACAUCAUUCCAGUCUUGCUGGUAAUUUGGUACAGUAUAGUGUAUGAAUUGCUGUGCUGCGAAGCCAAACAGCUACAAAUGUUGAAAAAUCAUUGAAGUGUAUAAAAAUUGCAGUAUCUUUUAAAAAUCAGUAAAAUGGACAGAAUAUUAUUUAUCUUGUUCUUCAGUUAAAGACUUUUGUGUUCUCUGUGGGAGGGAGUCUUGUGUGUUCUAGAGGGAAAGGGAAGGGAGGAAGUCAGUUAUUUGAAUAAGUCGGUAGUUGACUUUUAGCUUGAAUGUGAAUAUUGAAACGCAUCACUUCAGUGCUUAAAAAAGUCAGUCAACUUGAUGUACUGUACAUUUUUAGUGAAAUUUUAAAAGCAGUCAGAUUCCAUAAACAGCAAGUAAACCUGAAGUGAGGAUACUGCAAUUUUCAGAAAAAAGAACAGCAGCUCUUAAGUGUUUGCAUUUUCUAUUUGGGGGGCAGGGAACUGUCAUUCAUUUUGCACAAUUCUUGAACUGAUGUCAGCACCCAAGUGGCUCCUGAAUUUAAGUCUGGGACGACAUCUUUUAUUUUUACAUGAAUCUCUAAACAAUUCUGUGAGCAAAGUUUGUAGCUGCUGGAUUAUUGUCUGUCUUUAUAGCAAAUUCCAGUAAACCGCAAAUAUGGCAAAGGUUAUCCAAUUUUGUGCUUGGAGCAAUCAGUACAUAAUAGUAUCUGAUGUUUCCAACAAGAAGUGGGGUAAAUAAGUGUAACCACUCAAAGCUGCUUGUUAGCAUGGAAGACUUCUCCAUUCUAUCUUAGUCAAAACAAACAAAAUAUGCACUUGACAUAGUAGCAGAUUGGUUCUGAGAUAUGUAA